AUGGGAAACCAGCAAUCAUACUUUGAUACUUUAAUUCAUGGAAAUGAAUGUGGUCAUAACCAUCGUAGAACACAUCGGUCGACGGGCAGUACAUCAUCGUUAAAUUCAGCCUUUCACCACUCCUCGAAUUCCCGUCAUUACAAUCCAAAGGAUUGUUGCGCUGUUUGGAAAGCAAUUAAGUCGAUAUUAGGAAUUUGGACGACGGGAAAUAAAGAAAUUGAUGAGAUUAUAAAAGAAACUCAACGUUUAGCCUCAAAACGUCGUAAACCAUGGAAAUGGAUCCCUUAUGAAAGAUUUGAGGAUGUUAAACUGUUGGCAAAAGGUGGUUACGGUCAUGUAUAUUCCGCCAUGUGUACCGAAAAAGAAGUAUACGGUCGAGUAGCUCUAAAAAGCCUCGACUUUUCUGAAAAUAUAUCCAGCGAAUACCUUCAAAAGCUACGAACGCAAAUAAAGUUUGAACAUUCCGGUGGUCUUAUACGGAUAUACGGAAUAACCAAAGAUCCCGUAACGAAUAAUUACAUGCUGGUCAUGAAAUAUGCCAAAUGUAACCUUCGUCAAUAUGUGAACAAAUAUUUUACUACCUUUUCACUCUCAAAUAAAAUUGAGUUAUUGGUUCCAAUUUCGGAUGGACUUCGAAAGAUUCAUCAAGCAAAAUUAAUUCACGGAAAUUUUCAUCCGGGAAAUAUCUUACAAACGAUCAUUCCAAUGGAGAAAAAUUACACCCCGAAAUCUUGGAGUUGUAUAAGUGAUUUGGGUUUACAUGGGCCCGCUUCGAAUGUACCGAGGAAGAUCCUUACCGAAAAGACUGAAUUCGUUGAAGAACCUCUUGAUGAUUACACCGAUGAGGAUAACCUGAUUCCCGAAAAACAAAAAAAAGAUUUCUUUUCAUCGUUCACCUCAACACCUUCAAGAAGGAAUUCAACUUAUGAAAAACCUAAAGUAUAUGGGGUUUUACCUUAUAUAGCUCCGGAAGUUUUACGAGGACAGAAGUUUACACAGUCGGCCGACGUUUACGCAUUCGGGUUCAUCAUAUAUGAAGUGUUCAUGGGACAUCCCCCGUAUUUUGACGUCCCCCACGAUUUUAAAUUAGCGCAAAAGAUAUGUCAAGGGCAUAGACCAGAAAUAUCAUCUUCAGACAUGCCUCAAAGAGUGAAGAAAUUAAUAACGAGUUGUUGGGAUUCUAAACCAGAAAAUCGACCAUCUGCUCAAGAAUUACAUAACAUGAUAAGGGGAUGGUAUUGGAGGUUGGAUCCCGAAAUGAAAUCCUUAAUGAUAGCCGAUGACGAAGCAUUUAGAGGAACACGUAGUUCGACACCAGUUAGCGUCAAGGAUGGUGGAUAUUCAACUCCUCCAACUCCAGGAUCUCCGAUAUCAUCCUGCUGUUACCCACAAACUCCGUUCACAACCCCACUUAUCAACACGAGCAUUUCAAGUUCAUAUUCGGACAAUUUUAAUUCUCCCACAUCGAUGUCAACCAUGAACUCGUGGAAUCUUAAUGGUUAUAAAGUACAUCCCGAAGCCGUUUACACUUCUCGCCUACUAGAAUACGACAAUCUACCGAACAUUUCUUGGUUUGAAUAA